CAGGCUAUUGGCUGGUGCAACAACAUUGCGUGGAACGUUGGCCCUCUCACAGCCUGUCAGUACAAGCUGGCAGUGGAACGGUACGAGUGGAAUAAGCUGCAGAGCGUGAAGUCCAUAGUGCCCAUGGUUCACCUGUCAUGGAAUAUGGCUCGGAAUAUCAAGGUCUCAGAUCCAAAGCUUUUCGAAAUGAUAAAGUACUGCCUGUUAAGAACUCUCAAACAGUGUCAGACACUGAGGGAAGCUCUGAUUGCUGCAGGAAAGGAGAUUGUCUGGCAUGGACGAGCAAAGGAUGAGCCAGCUCAUUACUGUAGCAUUUGUGAGGUGGAAGUCUUUGAUCUGCUUUUUGUCACUAGUGAGAGCAAUUCUCGAAAGACCUAUGUUGUACAUUGCCAAGACUGUGCACGAAAGAUAAGCACGAACCUGGAAAACUUUGUGGUGCUAGAACAGUACAAAAUGGAGGACUUGAUGCAAGUCUAUGAUCAAUUUACAUUAGUAAGUCAAAUUAAUAAGUGGGUGCAUAAAUACAUUAUUUGUAAAGCAGUUGUAGACUGUCUUGGUGCUCCGCUGUACGAGUACCACGGACUUUCUGAUUCAAAUGGAGGUUUGGGUUGUGUGUGAUAUUUGCAGAACAAAACCUGAAGAGUCAGAAUUGUGUCAAAUACUACAGUAACUUACUGCAGAACAUAACCACUGAGUUUUCAGGAAAAGUAUGAUGUUACAAUUCAUAAAGUUGUGGCUUUAAAAAUCCAAUAGAGAUCACCUGAAGACCAUAACUGGAUCAGAUGGAGAUGGGAAGAAUCAGGACAGUGAAGCUUGGAGAAACUAGCACCAGGUUCAAGAGCAUCUCUAAUACAUUGGUUGUGGUAUGAAGUCAGUAUAGCAGCAGAGCAUCCUAUGCAUUCAGACCCUUCCUUCCCCUUCCCCACCCAUCCCCUCCCAAAUCAGCACUGUCCUUCUGCUUAGCAAGUGGAUGCUCUCAAACAGUUCUGUCUCUUGGCUUGGGGCCUCCUUUGCAUUUCAAUUUAAAGCAAAAAGCCUCUUUGCCAUUAUAGCUCUGUGCUAUACAUGGCAGCCUCCUGCUUUGAACUGCGUCAGCACAACUGUCCUAACAUUUCACCCAGGUUUCAUUGUUCCAGGCAAAGAUGGCUUUUUUUGUAACCACAAUGAAAGCGAUGCUGGAUGUAUUGAUAAGCCUUGGCUUUCUGUUGAAGGAGACAAACAUUGGACUAAGUGUAAUGAGAAUUUCAUGUUGUGUUUAAUAUGACAGCCCAGUAAGGGCUGUGCCUUUUGAUUCAUUUCCAGGUGCUGCAGAAAAUGUGUGUUUAGUUAUUUCAUGUGUUGGUAGCAUGCCAAGUUGUGACCUUCUGAGUUAAGGCCUCAAGGUUCAUCAGCAGAGGCUGGCCACAGUGUGGGAUCAUGUCCUCUGAAUUUAAUUCUCUUCAUUAGUCCCACAGAGCCUGGGUUGGUUAAACUUCAGUUCAUGCUUUUAGAAGGUCACUGUCAUUAUAGUCUGUGAAAUGCUGCAACUUCAAAGUUGAUGAUUUGUUAUAGAAAAACAUAUAAAUAAACACCUGUUCUCAGAUAUUUCAUCAGUUGAGUGGAAAUGGGGAAGAAUGUUUCUGUAUGGAGAUGAGAGGGAGGGAGGGGUAUUUUGUUGUCUGUGCUUAUACAUUAUAUAGGUAACAGUGAUGAUACUGUCCCUAUAGAACAAGGGUUCUCAACCUGUGAGUAGCUCCUUCCCCCACCAAAACCUAAGGCUGGGGCCCUAGAGGACAUUGAUAAUUGUUCUUGUAUGGAGUUGCUGUGCCAUUCAUUUCUUUCAAAGGGGAUAACACACUCAGUUGGGAAGAGUCAUAGCCCAGAAGUGACAUCUGUCAGAUGUAGGAGCAGAGUUAAGGUUUGUUGUAAAAUCACAGGAUGAAGAUAACCUCAACCUGGCAAAGGUGAAUUAGACCAAAGAGAGACUGGGGUAAAGUACCAGGAGCAAAUGAAGCCAGUAUUAGAGUUCCACAGCUGGGUACUCUGGUAUGAUCUGAAGUGUCUUUAGCGACUGUGAGGAGCUUUUUGAAGGGGUUCCACAGAUGAGGAAAAGAAGAGGAAAGGCCAUCAGAGACUCGGUACUUUGAUGGAAUGUCGCAAAGUGCAAUACUGGGAAGCAGAUAGGUUGUUUCCUGGACCUCCUGGCAGCUUGCAGGAACAAGACACCUCACUUUAUCCUUGAGGCACUUGGUCUCCAUGUCAGAGAAUCUGAGACCCCUUCCACAGCUACCUUAACCUCAGGGGGGUAUGUUACUGCUCAGGUAGAGGGGAUGAGGGAAAAUGAAGCCCACAAAAGCUUUGGAGAGCCACAAAUGGACCAUGUUUACCAUUGGUAAACAGGUUGAGAAUCCCUGUUUCAGGUUGUAUAAAGAUAUAUCUAUACUGAGGCCGCAUGGAUCUCUUUGCUGCCACAGUGGGACUUGUGGCUGCUCACAUCAUAUUAACACAGACAUCCCCAUAGAGUACUCCAGUCUGCAGUACAGGCAAAAUCCUAAUGCACAGUGUUCAUAAAAUACAUGUUGUAUUUGAGUAAGGUGAAAAAAAAUGCCACUGUUCUCUAAAGAGUGCUGAAGUGUAAAAAGAAUAGUGUGUGUGACUUUUAAACUCUCAUGGUUACAGUUUGUGCAGGUCUUAGUUAAACACAGUUUUGCACCCUUGUAGAAAAGGUAAUUUAAUGUUUUCUCUUUCAGGCUCCUCCAUUGCCAUCCUCCUCAUCUUGACAUUUUUUCAUGGACAUUAAAUGAAAACUUUUCUGAUAUUCAGGAAGUGACCCAGUUCUGCACCACUGAUUUUUGUAGCUAUCCCGUAAGGCUGCUGGCUGAAAGCUGUGUCUAUGCAACCUUCCAAGUGCGGAGUGUCAACCAACUGGACAGGAGAGAGCACUGCCUCCUACUCCAGAACUCAAAACAAAUAAAGCUCAUCCAGCUGUACUUCAAAAAAAUAAUUCCAUGUUUUGUAUAUAUCUGACAAAACUGGCAACAUUAUACAGACUACUGACUUGAAGACCACCUCUUUUGUAUUUCUCUGUUUCUGGGCUGAUGAGUUGGUUUCAUCCAUUUUUCCCCCUUCAGAAUUUCCCUUGGAAAAAGUACUAGCUUAGCUGGUCAUUUCUUUGUAAGGUAGUUAGAAAUUUUAAGUCUUUCUUUGGGCAACUUUUUUUUUUCUUUCUUUUUUUUUUUUUUUUUUUAAUGUGAAGAGUUAGGUGAUAUAAAUUUUUUACUGCUUUUAUGUUUUUCUGUCUUGUUUUGAAACCAUGACGGUUACACUUUUGGUUCCUGAAUAAAAUUUAAAACAAUUAACAGCCAAGUCACAAAGAUAAAUGGGUUGCACAUAGACUAAGGAAUAAACUUCAGAUUUGUGAUUUUUGUUUCUAAUCUUGAUGUAAAUUUACACUAUUUAUAAAUACAUAUUUAUUGCUUGAAAAUA